ACAAAAUGAUGCAUAGUGACUAUUAUACUCAGUCACAAGGUCCUACAGUAGAGCAGCAGCCAGAAUGGCAAGCAUCUGUCCAACCAUAUUCAGAUCCACAUGCUUACUCUCCGAGCUUCUACAUGAACAUGUCACAGGUGCCUCACUUUCUUCCAGCCCAAGUGGAUCCCUUCAUAUAUCCAAAUACCCUCGGCAGUUACGGUGGUGACAAGCAAGUGCAAUGUUUAUGGGAGACCAAUGGACAAGUGUGUAUGCACGUAUGUCAGAAUUCAGGAGAAUUGUCAACUCAUAUCAGUUCAAACCAUAUCACGCAUGACAGCAAGUUUGUAUGUCUUUGGAAAGGAUGCGACCGAGAGUUCAAAAUGUUUAAGGCCAAGUACAAACUGGUAAACCACAUGCGAGUGCACACUGGAGAACGUCCGUUUUUAUGCGAUGUUUGCAACAAAGUGUUCGCAAGAUCCGAGAAUCUAAAAAUCCACAAACGAAUUCACUCAGGAGAGAAACCAUUCCAAUGCACACAUAAUGGAUGCACAAAACUGUUCGCCAACUCUUCAGAUCGCAAGAAGCAUAUGCAUGUACAUUCUAGUCACAAACCUUAUAGUUGUAUGUACCCAGAUUGUGGAAAAACGUACACGCAUCCAAGCUCGUUGCGCAAACACACCAAGGUUCAUGAAAACGAAAAAAAGAGUCAAUUGUCUCCGGAACAUGACGAGAGUAGCGAUUCGGGAAAUGCGUCAAUCGGAACACCAACCACCGACGAGAGCUUGACCUUCUCUCCUGAAAACAUUAAACGGGAUCAACAUCUUCAUACGAUGCACACGUUUAUGGAUCGACCCAAUCCUUUUAUGCAAAUGUAUCAGAACCAGUUCUCCAAUCCUACAUACCAUAUGUUUAUGGCAAAACCUGAUUCCUACUGAGCACAAAUAUGCAGAAAAUACAGUUUAUAGCUUUAUCGAUUCCUUAACUUUUCUUUACUCAUCACCCCAACCAUGAUCGUGUCGUGCAAUUUCAGAGAACAUCCCUCAUAUACCUCCCGUGAUUUGAAUUUUAAUGUUCCUUUUUCUCCGAAGCCUCCUUCUAGCUCAUUGUAUCUAUUUCCGGGUACACUGCUCAUUUUGUUCAACAUUUCUUGCUCUGCUUCAACAUCCGCCUAUUAUCUUUUCAAUAGGUACUGCUUUUGUUGAAUUCUUUCUUGACACCUCCAAUAAGCAAAACGACGUCGGUUUCUCUAAUUGCUCCAUUCUCUCUCGGAUGUGCGUUUUCGUUUGAAAAUUGUUGGCAUGUUGCGGGAUUGUCUUUUCUUUCACUUUCCAAUGUGAACUGAUAUAUAUUGAUGGGGUUAAACUUGAAAACUGACAUAUUUAUAUUUGCCUUCCCUACAUUGCGUGGUAUUUCAUUCUGUAUUAUCACUUACGAACUUGUUCAUAUUUUUAUUGUUUUUUCCAAUCAAUUUCUGAAUCUUUUGAUUUUUGAAUUCAAAUAAAUUCAUUCAAAAUCAAA